CGCUAAUCAUUACAGGUCUUGACGAUAUUUUUCCCAAAUACUGAAUGUCGAAAUAAAUGCAGCAACAAGUGUAGCAGCGUACAGGGGAAUACAACUGCGUGGGAGUUCCUCUGGCCUGGGGAUGCUCCGGGGAGCUCUACCGCUCAGCGAGUCGCCCACGUUCUCCUCAGCCGCUGCUCCCAGAGAGCGCCCCAGCCUUGAGUUACGGACUCGGAACCAUCUCUUGCUCCGUGUCGGUUCACCGGUGCCGCAGGGCUUUGCCCACCGCGCGCUGCUUUACAGCAGGGCAGCGCUUCCCCAGGCAUCUUUGCUCCGUCCUCACAUCCCACCGCAAGUCUGCGGCUACUCAGAGAGAGCCGCAAUUCCCAGGGACAGGCGGGACACCCCGGCACGCGGGCGAGGGGCCGCUGCCUCCCUUCCGGGCACCGCCCCGCGGGCCCGGCUCGCCCUAUUAGAGCGCCUGCCUCUUACCCCGCGGCAUUCUGGGAGCUGUAGUCCAGGGCCGGCAAGCCCACGCGGCUGGCUACCCUCGACGAACUGCACUACCCAGAAAGCUCUACGGCGGCGACGCCCCGGGUCUGGGAGCAGCACGGACUCCAGCUAUCCCGGGAUGGCUGCUGGGGUGCCUCCCGAUGCGCUGGGUCGGCGGGUCUCCUGUGGCACCGACUAUGGGACUGUGCGCUAUGUGGGCAGCGUGUCUCGUACAGCAGGAAUUUGGCUGGGCGUGGAAUGGGAUGAUCCUCAGAGGGGAAAGCAUGAUGGCAGCUAUGAAGGAACACAGUAUUUUAAGUGCAGGCAUCCUAAAGGAGGAUCAUUCAUCCGGCCAAACAAGGCAAAUUUUGGAGUAGAUUUUCUUACUGCAGUAAAGGAUCGGUAUGGAUUGAAUGAUAAGCAAGAUGUUCAAUAUGGGACAGAGAAUACAGUAGUAUUUGGAACAAAGACUGUGGAAUUUGUUGGCAUGGAUUCUGUUGCAGAACAGCAAAGACAACUGAACAAACUGGUGGAUAUCUCGGUGCGUGAGUGUGCAGUGAGCCAUGCUGGUCGGGAAGAGGAAAUCAGCAGAACGUGUGCCAACAUGAGGCAUAUAAACCUAUCAAAAAAUCUGAUAUCAUCUUGGGAGACAGUAGUAGCUAUUGCUUCUCGAGUUCAAAAUCUGGAAACACUUAAUGUCAGUGAAAACAAAAUGAGAUUUCCAUCUACAUCAACUUUUAUAUCCAGUGGAUUUUCAAACUUGAAGAUUCUGGCACUUAAUCAAACUGGAAUAACAUGGACAGAGGUUCUUCUUUGUGCUCAAGGAUGGCCAGUACUUGAAGAGUUGUACCUUUCUUCUAAUAAUAUUACAGUUUUGGAAAGGCCUGAUACUGUCCUGCAGACCCUGAAGUUGUUAGACCUUUCAGACAACCAGUUACUGGAUGGAAAUCAGCUGCAUCUAAUAGCACAGCUCCCCAGAUUAGAACAGCUAAUACUUAGAAACACUGGGAUAUCUUCUAUACACUUUCCUGAUGCUGGAUUUGGAUGCAAGACUAAAAUGUUUCCUUCGCUAAAACGCCUUGCAAUAAAUGACAAUAAAAUAUCACAGUGGUCAUCUAUCAAUGAGCUUGAUAAACUGCCAAGUUUGCGGGCACUGCAGUGUAACAAUAACCCCUUCACGGACACAGAGAAGAACCCAGAGACCCUGAUACAGCUCAUUAUUGCCAAGAUAAGUCAGUUGGAGGUUUUGAACAACUGUGAGAUCCUUCCUGCUGAAAGAAGAGGAGCAGAGCUUGAUUAUCGCAAAAUAUUUGGAAAGGACUGGUUAGAAGCUGGUGGGCAUUGGAACCCAGAGAAAAACAAACCAAGUGAAGAAUUUCUUGCUGCCCAUCCCAGAUACCCAGCACUUUGUCUUAAAUAUGGAGCACCUGAAGAAGGAGAACUGAAGGGACAGCAGCCUUUGACUCUGAAAAAUCAGCUCCUGACUUUGACAAUUAAGUGUCCUGAGAAACCCGAACAGAAGCCAGUGGAGAAAAAGCUACCAGAGUCUAUGACUAUUCAGAAGGUCAAAGGACUCCUGUAUCGCCUACUUAAAAUUCCUGGUUCAGAACUGAAACUGUCCUAUGAAAGUUCUAAAUUGGAAGGAAAAGAAGUUGAACUAGACAAUGACUUAAAGCCUUUGCAGUUUUACUCAAUAGAAAGUGGAGACUGUGUGUUAGUACGGUGGUAAGAAGGGACUCUCUUGCUGGACUGAAGGAAAAGCUGACACAGGAACUGCAGAAGAGAGACAGACACACGGACAGCCUGUGCCUGAACACACAUACAGGUGAAUAUGAGUUUCACACGUGGCACCAGAGGGCUGUACAUUUGUACUUUCAGCUCCUGAACUUGAUCGUCAGCCUCCAUGAAAACAUCUGCUCGUUUGUCUUACUGGAGAGAUACCAAAUAGUGCUUAAAUGCUUCAAUUAAAUAAAGCUCAAGGUAACCCUUUUGCCAAGAUUUUA